CAACUAUGAUACGAUAGACCUGGCAACACGUCUGAUUAUUGUCUUUGAGGAAGAUGGCGCAGUUAAUAAGACAAUUACAAUUCUGCGUGGCAUUCACGAAAACAAAAUCGCUUCAGAUCUGGAAGGCAAGAUGGAACAUGGCCGGCUUGCUGUGGACCUGGAAUUUGAGAGGGCACGCAGGAAUGCAGUGGACGUGACUCUGGACCCCAGAACAGCUCAUCCCCAUCUCAUCCUGUCUGAGGAUGGCAAACAAGUUAGACAUGGUGACACACGACAGGAUCUGCCUGACAAUCCAGAGAGAUUUACUUCCUGUGUCGAUGUCCUGGGAAAGGAUGGGUUCACCUCAGGUCGACACUACUGGGAGGUGAAGGUGAAAAAUAAGUCCGUCUGGACUUUAGGAGUCGUCAGAGAGUCCAUCAAAAGGAAGGGGCAGAUCACACUGUGCCCUGAGGCUGGCAUCUGGACUGUGUGGCUGAGGGGUGGGACGUACACAGCAAAUUCCACUGUCCCUGUUGACCUCCGGCUGGCCCAGAAGCCCCGGAAGCUGGGGGUGUAUGUGGAUUAUGAGGGGGGGCAGGUCUCCUUUUACAAUGUGGAGGAGGAGUCUCAUAUUUAUACGUUCACUUGCAACUUCAGGGAGAAGAUCUACCCUUUCUUCAGCCCCUGUACCAAUGAUGGGGGUAAAAACUCAGCCCCACUGAUCAUCACUCCUGUCAGUCCCCCUGAGUGAAACACAACAUCUAUAGGAGGGACAGCAUGUAUAAUAACUGCUGUGCCUUUUGAAAUCACUGACUUGCCACAGAUUGGGAGAAUUAUUAUGGGAUGGGCUGCUUUAGGAUCAAGCAUUACAAACAUGACCAUAGCUUGUGAAAGUGACAAAAAUAACAUUUUGAUCAGCAAUAUCCAUAAGCAACAUGGAAUUAUUAAAUCUAUGAAUGCUGUCAGCCAUUUUCAUGAAAAUCAUUAUGCUUUCAAAGUUGCUAAUAAAAAAAUGAAGGCUGCAAAAAUUGGAUUCA